UUAAUUUUUCAUUCAUAUAGAUGAGUAAUGAAAGGGGCUUUGAGAAUGUAGAACUGGGAGUCAUAGGAAAAAAGAAGAAAGUUCCAAGGAGGGUCAUCCACUUUGUUAGUGGAGAAACCAUGGAGGAGUACAGCACUGAUGAGGAUGAAGUCGACAGCCUUGAGAAGAAAGAUGUGCUGCCCACCACUGACCCGACAAAACUUCCCUGGGGCCCCUACUUAUGGUUUUACAUGCUUCGGGCUGCCACAUCAACCCUCUCAGUGUGUGACUUUCUUGGAGAGAAGAUUGCAUCUGUUUUGGGCAUCAGCACCCCAAAAUACCAGUAUGCCAUUGAUGAGUAUUACCGGAUGAAGAAGGAGGAGGAAGAGGAAGAAGAAGAAAAUAGGAUGUCUGAAGAAGCAGAAAGACAGUACCAACAGAACAAGUUGCAGCCUGGUUCCAUUGUACAGACAGAUCAACCAGAAACGGUGGUGUCCAGUUCAUUUGUGAACAUAAAUUUUGAAAUGGAGGAAGACUGUGAAGUAAUUAAGGAAAGCAAACAACAGCCAGCCUCUGUCCCCCCAUAGAACGAAAUGACUAAAAAGUGUCAAACCCUAAACGUCAAUCAGGAACUUUUUACAUUUUUGUUUAGUGGGACUUAAAACAGUUAUUUAUAUUUUAAAUUAUUAAGGGAAAAUCUUCAUUCUUAUGCUGUAUCUAUCACAGUCAGAUCUAAAGUUGGGACGUUUUUAUGAUUAAUUAGUGACCCCCCCCCCAUGCUGGGGAGUAAAACCAGGACUUCUUUCACAUACACUAACCAAGUACUCUAUCACUAAGCUCCAGUGCUUUGAUUUUAAAACAGUCUUUUAUAAAACAUAAGGACAUUUAGCUAGGCAUGAUAACACACACUAGGGAGGCAGGGGCUGGCGGUACUGUGUCAAUUCAAUGCCCACCUGGUCAACAUAGUAAGCUGCAGCCUAGCCAGUGAGAUCCUGUUUCAACCCCAAAACUGAAAGCAUUGUACAUUAAAAGGGGAGUUAAAUUGUUAAGAUUUUUGGUUUUAGGGCAUUUGUUUUAAAAAAUAAAGGUAAGUAUUGAUUAGUCAUCUUUGGAGCUGAUAAUCCUAAUAGCUUCAUGCCUUGCCUUCCUUGCAUUUAACAUACCUAACCAAUACUUUUAUACUAAGGAUAGCUCAGAUGGAAGCACUAUGGAUUUCCUUUUAUUGAGAAUAUCUUAUGGAAAGUGUUGAAUGUUACUACUCUAAAUAUUAAUAUGGGCUUUCACUUUCACUACAAGUCACUCUUGUACUUUUCAGUAGCUAAUAACUUGCUUUGAUCACAAAUUAACACUAGUUACUGAAUUAAUUUGUAGUUGUAGUCAGGUGUUGAUCCCUAGUGGCUACCUACAUGGCUGGCCCCUUGGAUAUAUCAUACGUACUCAGGCCUUUCUGCAUCACAGGCAGAGUAGCUGGGAGAUGAGGAAUUGGUAACCAUUUAGUUUUGUUCACCAUUCUGAAGUCACAGCCUUAAGUUGGACAGUUGAUAUGAACCAGGUUUGGCCCUUUCUCUCCUUACUAGGUUAUCCUAGUGUACUAUGAAUCUAAUUUUAAGAAAUAUUCCUAAAUAUGUGUUCAGAACUUUGUCUGUAUAGCUUUAAUUUAUAAUCAAAUGUGGAUAAAGAGAAAUGUGGACAAUGUUUAGAUGCUGAUCUUUUAAAAGCCUCAUAGCUUUGAGGAAUUAACACUUACAAACUGGCCUUCUAAAUAGCAUGACACUUUCCCUCUUCAAUGUGUGCAAUUCAUACAUGGAUAAGUAUAUUAUAGAGACCUGCACAUGGACCUCUCAGUAAGUUCAACUGAAAGCUGGAUUUUAACUGAAUAUGCAAAGUUUGAGUGAAAGCUUCAGUUGGACUAAAGUUUGUAAGGCUCAGCAAAUGUGGAGUCUUCCCUGGAGUCGUGUGAGUGACUGGUGAGCUCCCUUCAUGGGUUAAACGAUGUGAUGUUGUCCUUAGAGGUUUAUCUUUAUUGUGUAAUUAGGGUUACUACUAGAACCAGUCUUAGUUGAUAGUUGCUAAAACACGCUGGCCUGACCUCUUCUCUUGUUGCAGUGCCGCCACCUCAGACACUUACCUGGUUAUGAGGCGAAGGCAGGAGGUCUAGGGAGACUCCCUAGAGCAUCUCUCCCGAAGUGCUAGUAUCUCAGCGUUUGCACCACAGCUUGUAGAAGGAACCACCUGCAAAGGCUCUCAGUUUCCUCAGUUUACUUUUGCUGCUUGUUGGGCAACAGCUGGGUUGUGAUGUUUGGAGUUAUUCACUGUGCCUUACAUUUUUAUACUUUGGUUUAUGCAAGCUAUAAAAUUUAUCAUAAAUGGGUUAAAUGGUUUGUUUUGUUUUAAGUCUCUCUUACCUCUUCCUACUUUCCAGCCCUGUGUAGAAUUAUUUUCCCCUCUGGAUCACACUCCAUGAUGUCCUGUUUUCUUCUGAUCUCUCUUUUUAUAAAAACUGAACAUAAGCCAGGUGUGGUGGUGCACUCCUGUACACCCAGCCCUAGGGAGGCUGAGGUAGGACCAUGAGUUGGAGGCUGGCCUAGACUAUAUUUCAACAACAACAAAUAACAACAGAAACCCAUAAACAGGGGUAGGGGAUGGGGAGAGGGAGGGAGGGGAAGUGUGAUUGGUAUGUAAAAUGAAUGAAAUAUUUAAAAGGAAAAAAAGCAUAAACACAUGAGUUAGUAUAAUGAAAACCUAACAAAACCUUUUAAUAAAAGGUACAGUUUUGUAAAUGUAACUCGAUAAUAGAUAAUAAAACUAGACAAAAUUUCA